GUCAGUGGUUGGAUACAUAACAUGAUAGAUAGUUGAUAUCCAAAUACAGUACCUUGAGGUACUCCAUAUUUAUUUUGUUUUUCAUCAGUUAAUUCGUUCUUUAUUUUUACUACUUAUGAGUCCUUUGAUUUAAAUAACUUUCAAAAAAUAAAAACGAGGUUCUCUAAUUAAGAUUAACAACAUUAUUGGAAAAGUCGAUAACGAGUUGUCACGAAAACCGCUAAAAAAUGCAAAAUAUUGACCAAACUUCAUCCGCGAAACGAUCAAUCCAUAGUUAGUAGUCAUAGAGACACUUUUAACUAUUAAAAUAUCGUUCUACAUAAUAUUGUUCCGAGUGAUUCGUCUUUUUCGAGGGCUGUGUGAAAACCUGAGAAAAAGCGGCACCGAAUAUGUCCAAACAAUCUCCGUCGAGUCAGUUGCCAGAUAAAGAGAAGAAAUUGAGCAUGCGCGGCGGAAUUUAUCUUCUGAAGGGUGUUACACUGUUUCUAGCGGCGUCAGGGAAAAAUCCCAGAGCCGCCGCCGAUCAGCCUAGUGCCAGUUCCGGCAAAACCAAGGGGCGCAAAAGGAUGAACGACAAGGAUGCCUGCAAGUGUUCGCCGAAGAUUAUGGAGGCGGCUAGGAGGGACACUCUGUUUAGCAGGAAAGAAAUUGAAGCUCUCUACAGAAUUUACAAGAAACUAAUAACGUUUAAUAAAACGACACCUCAAGGAGAUGUGAAUCCAACUACAACGUCUGCCACUGUAAUUGGUAAACCACCGACAGUAUCUGAGGGCAUCGAUAGAACAGUCUUUAGAGAAGUAUUGCAUAACACAUUCGAUAUUAUGACAGAAACCAUUGUCAUGGAUAGAAUAUUUUGCGUUUGGGACAAACACAACUGUGGCUUGAUAACAAUUGAAAAUUGGUUAAAGGGUUUAUCUCUAUUUUUGAAGGGCAACAUACAAGAUCAAAUUUUGUACUGUUUCGCUGUCUACGAUUUAAAUGCUGAUGGAUUUCUAACGAAAGAUGAGAUGUUCCAACUGUUGAGAAACUGUCUUAUAAAACAUCCUCAAGAAGAAGACCCUGAUGAGAGCGUUAAGGAUCUAGUAGACAUAGUAAUUCGAAAAAUUGACAAAGAUAAAGAUGGAAAAGUUUCUUUGGAAGAUUAUCAAAAGACUGUCGAAGAAGAACCUCUGUUGUUAGAAGCAUUCGGAAAAUGCCUGCCAUCAGAAGAAUCUAAAAUGACUUUCUUGACUACACUUAAAGCUUAAAAAUAUGUAUUAUAGGUUCUGUUUCGUUAUGUAAAAAUAUGUAACCUACUCAUGGAAAUGUAGACACUUCCAUAAGUAGAAAUGUUCUUUACCCAAGGUGGUGACUGUGAUGACAGCCCACGAAACCAGCUGACGAUAUUUGCACGUCAUUAUUUGGUCAUCACUGACGUUAGGAUUACUUCCAAAAUGACGUAAUUAUGACUGCCGUCAUUCUGGGCAUACACAGAACGAUGUCUGUUGCUGACUACACUUUCCUUAUAAUCAAUCAUCAACAUGUAUUCUUGACAGAAUAAGAGAAUACAUAUUGAUGAUUGGUUAAAAAAUGUGUAGCCCAGCGACAGACAUCGUUCUAUGUAUGCCGCGAUAGAUGAAUUACGUAUUUAGAUACGAUCCUAUAUUUGUUUAUUUAUCUG